GGGACACUGGACUAGCUCUGAACAUCACCAACGUACUAAUGUCUGUCAGUCGACGCUCAUUGUUCAUAUUAUGUUAGGUUUUAUAGGUUUGGACAUGCCGGCCUUUCUGAAAGCGCUCAAUAAGCUCUCUCCCCUUGGUCACUCUGUUCGGAACAUGGUGCCUUACGCGUUGUCAUGCGGGGAUGAUCAAAGGCUUGUAGACGGAUCAUGCACAAUCAGCACAGGCGAACAAGUGCUCGAGAUCUUUAAACUGAAGGACGUCAACGCCCCUCUGAACCUCGGCGCCAUCAUGAUUACGACUAUUGUGUAUCGCUUCCUUGUUUACGCCGUACUGAAGCUGGUAGAGACUAUGUUCAAGAUAGAACGACGGCAGUAAUCAAUUUGAC